UGGCGGUGGCGGUGGCGGUGGCGGCGGCGGCAGCGGUAGCCUCAGCUCCUGCGCCCCGUACCGCCAGCCCCAGCGCUGUCUCCCGGGCCCCCUAGGGCCCCCGGGCCCCCGAGCCCGGUGCGCGCCCUUGCGUCCCGCCGGCCCCCUCCCCCGGCUGGGCCCGGGGGAGGGUGGCGCCGUGAGCGAGCGGGGACUGGGCUCUCCUGCCCGUUCCCCUGUCCCUGGGCCGCCAGAAUGGAGGCGGGGUCCGGUCCCCCGGGUGGCCCGGGAUCUGAGAGCCCCAACCGGGCGGUGGAGUACCUGCUGGAGCUGAACAACAUCAUCGAGAGUCAGCAGCAGCUGUUGGAGACCCAGCGGCGGCGCAUAGAAGAGCUGGAGGGCCAGUUGGACCAGCUCACCCAGGAGAACCGCGACCUGCGGGAGGAGAGCCAGCUGCACCGUGGGGAACUGCACCGGGACCCCCUUGGCGCGCGGGAUAGUCCUGGCCGCGAGAGCCAGUACCAGAACCUGCGUGAGACCCAGUUCCACCACCGCGAGCUGCGAGAGAGCCAGUUCCACCAGGCGUCCCGGGACGUGGGCUACCCGAACCGGGAUGGCGCUUACCAGAACCGGGAAGCUAUCUAUCGGGAUAAGGAGCGAGAAGCCUCCUAUCAGCUCCAGGACACUACCGGUUACACAGCCCGCGAGCGCGACGUAGCCCAGUGCCACCUGCACCAUGAGAACCCAGCCCUGGGUCGCGAGCGUGGCGGGAGGGAGGCUGGGCCAGCGCACCCGGGCCGAGAGAAGGAAGCCGGCUAUUCCGCGGCGGUGGGCGUGGGGCAGCGGCCGCCGCGGGAGCGGGGCCAGUUGAGCCGUGGCGCAUCCAGAAGCUCCAGCCCUGGCGCGGGCGGAGGUCACAGCACCAGUACCAGCACCAGCCCAGCUACAACCCUCCAGAGAAAGUCUGAUGGUGAGAAUUCCAGAACAGUCAGUGUGGAGGGUGAUGCCCCAGGCAGUGACCUGAGCACAGCGGUUGAUAGUCCUGGGAGCCAACCCCCCUACCGGCUGAGCCAACUGCCCCCCACCAGCAGCCACAUGGGGGGCCCCCCUGCUGGGGUGGGCCUUCCUUGGGCUCAGAGGGCACGCCUCCAGCCGGCCAGUGUCGCCCUGAGGAAGCAGGAGGAGGAGGAGAUAAAGCGCUCCAAGGCCCUGUCAGACAGCUAUGAACUCUCCACAGACCUGCAGGACAAGAAGGUGGAAAUGCUGGAGAGGAAGUAUGGGGGCUCCUUCCUGAGCCGCAGGGCUGCCAGGACCAUCCAGACAGCCUUUCGCCAGUACCGUAUGAAUAAGAACUUUGAGCGGCUGCGCAGCUCAGCUUCAGAGAGCCGCAUGUCCCGCCGCAUCAUCUUGUCCAACAUGCGAAUGCAGUUCUCCUUUGAGGAGUACGAGAAAGCACAGAACCCUGCAUACUUCGAGGGCAAGCCUGCCUCAUUGGAUGAGGGUGCCAUGGCUGGCGCCCGGAGCCACCGGCUUGACCGGGGCCUCCCCUAUGGAGGCUCCUGUGGUGGGGGCAUCGAUGGUGGUGGAAGUUCAGUCACCACAUCUGGAGAGUUUUCUAAUGACAUCACAGAGCUCGAGGACUCCUUCUCCAAACAGGUAAAGUCUUUGGCUGAAUCCAUUGAUGAGGCCCUGAACUGCCACCCAUCAGGGCCUAUGUCUGAGGAGCCAGGGUCAGCCCAACUGGAGAAACGGGAAUCAAAGGAACAGCAAGAAGACAGCUCAGCCACAUCCUUCAGUGACCUCCCCCUCUACUUGGAUGACCCAGUUCCUCCUCCAUCACCUGAGCGACUGCCCAGCACAGAGCCCCCACCCCAAGGCCGCCCUGAGUUCUGGGCACCAGCUCCCCUCCCACCAGUUCCUCCACCAAUGCCACCAGGGACCCGGGAAGAUGGUAGCCGUGAGGAAGGCACCCGAAGGGGUCCUGGGUGCUUGGAGUGCCGGGAUUUCCGGCUCCGGGCUGCACACCUCCCCCUCCUCACCAUUGAGCCUCCCAGUGACAGUUCUGUAGACCUGAGUGACCGCUCAGAUCGCGGCUCUGUCCACCGCCAGCUGGUGUAUGAGGCUGAUGGCUGCAGCCCCCAUGGGACCCUGAAGCACAAGGGGCCACCAGGCAGGGCCCCCAUCCCACACCGCCAUUACCCUGCCCCUGAGGGUCCAGCUCCAGCCCCACCAGGGCCCCUGCCACCAGCCCCCAAUAGUGGUACUGGGCCCAGUGGUGUGGCUGGAGGUCGGAGGUUGGGGAAGUGUGAGGCAGCAGGUGAGAACUCUGAUGGUGGAGACAAUGAAAGCCUUGAGAGCUCCAGCAACUCUAAUGAGACCAUCAACUGCAGCUCUGGCUCCUCCUCUCGGGAUAGCCUGAGGGAACCUCCAGCCACUAGCCUCUGCAAGCAGACCUACCAGCGGGAGACAAGGCACAGCUGGGACUCGCCAGCCUUCAACAAUGAUGUGGUACAAAGGCGGCAUUACAGAAUUGGCCUCAACCUCUUCAAUAAGAAGCCAGAGAAAGGUAUCCAGUAUUUGAUCGAGCGAGGCUUCCUGUCAGACACUCCUGUGGGAGUGGCUCACUUCAUCCUUGAGCGGAAAGGCCUGAGCCGGCAGAUGAUAGGGGAAUUCCUGGGGAACCGGCAGAAGCAAUUCAACAGAGAUGUGUUGGACUGUGUGGUGGAUGAGAUGGACUUCUCCUCUAUGGAUUUGGACGAUGCACUCAGGAAGUUCCAAUCCCAUAUCCGAGUUCAGGGUGAGGCCCAGAAAGUGGAGCGACUCAUUGAAGCUUUCAGCCAGCGGUACUGUGUCUGUAACCCUGCCCUUGUACGCCAGUUCCGGAACCCAGACACCAUCUUCAUCCUUGCUUUUGCCAUCAUCCUCCUCAAUACUGAUAUGUACAGCCCCAGUGUCAAGGCUGAGCGCAAGAUGAAGCUGGAUGACUUCAUUAAGAACCUGAGAGGAGUUGACAAUGGUGAAGACAUCCCCCGUGACCUCCUGGUAGGCAUCUACCAGCGCAUCCAAGGUCGUGAACUGAGAACCAACGAUGACCAUGUGUCCCAGGUGCAGGCUGUGGAGCGCAUGAUUGUUGGCAAGAAACCGGUCCUGUCACUCCCUCACCGUCGACUGGUUUGCUGCUGCCAGCUCUAUGAGGUGCCAGAUCCAAACCGCCCCCAGAGGCUGGGGCUGCACCAGCGGGAGGUCUUCCUCUUCAAUGACCUCCUUGUGGUCACCAAAAUUUUCCAGAAGAAGAAGAUCUUGGUGACAUACAGCUUCCGUCAGUCCUUUCCCCUGGUGGAAAUGCAUAUGCAGCUCUUCCAGAAUUCAUAUUAUCAGUUUGGGAUCAAGUUACUGUCUGCGGUACCUGGAGGGGAACGAAAAGUCCUCAUCAUCUUUAAUGCUCCUAGCCUCCAAGACAGGCUACGCUUUACCUCUGACCUGCGGGAGUCCAUUGCUGAGGUGCAGGAGAUGGAGAAGUACCGUGUGGAAUCUGAGCUGGAAAAGCAGAAAGGUAUGAUGCGGCCUAAUGCCUCACAGCCUGGAGGAGGAAAGGACUCAGUGAAUGGGACUCUGGCCCGCAGUAGUCUGGAGGAUACUUAUGGGGCAGGCGAUGGGCUCAAGCGGGGUGCACUCAGUAGUUCCCUGCGAGACCUCUCUGAUGCAGGGGUCUGUUAUUAGCAGUCCACGCCCUCACCAGAGGAUGCCACCUCCACCCCCACCCCCGCCGCCAGAGGAGUACAAGAGCCAGAGGCCAGUCUCCAACUCCUCAUCUUUCCUGGGCUCCCUAUUUGGAAGCAAGAGAGGCAAAGGGCCCUUCCAGAUGCCACCACCGCCAACAGGCCAGGCCUCUGCCUCGUCUUCAUCUGCUUCCUCCACCCACCACCACCAUCACCACCACCACCAUGGUCACAGCCAUGGUGGCCUGGGGGUGCUACCUGAUGGGCAGUCCAAGCUCCAGGCCCUGCAUGCCCAGUAUUGCCAAGGACCGGGCCCUGCCCCACCACCCUACCUCCCACCCCAGCAACCUCCUCUGCCUCCACCCCCUCAGCAGCCUCCACCCCUACCCCAGCUGGGCUCCAUUCCACCACCACCUGCCUCAGCCCCCCCUGUGGGGCCACAUCGACACUUCCAUGCCCAUGGCCCAGUUCCAGGACCCCAGCAUUAUACCUUGGGCCGGCCAGGCAGAGCCCCAAGACGAGGGGCUGGAGGACACCCUCAGUUUGCUCCACAUGGCCGCCACCCCUUGCACCAGCCCACAUCCCCAUUACCCCUGUACAGUCCUGCUCCACAGCACCCUCCUGCCCAUAAACAGGGUCCCAAGCACUUCAUCUUCAGUCACCACCCACAGAUGAUGCCAGCAGCAGGUGCAGCUGGGGGCCCUGGGUCCCGGCCACCAGGGGGAUCCUACUCCCACCCUCACCACCCCCAAUCACCACUGUCACCACACUCACCCAUCCCACCUCAUCCCUCCUACCCACCCCUGCCCCCACCCUCACCUCACACCCCACAUUCACCCCUACCACCCACCUCCCCCCAUGGCCCACUGCACGCCUCUGGGCCCCCUGGCACGGCUAAUCCACCCAGUGCAAACCCCAAGGCCAAGCCAAGCCGGAUCAGCACUGUGGUCUGAGGAAUGGGAUGAGUGUACUGGGGAACAGGAUAGUCUGAGGAAAUCCACAGGAGAGGGACCUUGCCCCUCUCUUCUUCCUCGUUUUUUUUUUUUUUUCCAAAAUAUAUAUACACUCAGCAGUGUCCUUCUUUCCACUUCCUCUGUAUCUCCAGACCCUUCUUCCAACCCCCAGCAGUUGCCAUGGGGUUUCCUUUCAGAUUGGAGGGCCCUUGCCACUUGCAGCCUGAACGUAGGGCACUGCAGUGCUGGGAAGUGGUAAGGGCCUCUUGGCAGCCCUCAUCCUCCUGUUCCUGUCUUCCUCUCCUCUUUCUUGUCCCUGGAGGUCCAGUUGGUGACCUCAGACCUCUGGGCAAAUGUGAGCUUCCUUGCAAGCUGGUGGAGAAGGCAGGCUUCUGGAGUUGCAGUGGUGAAGGCUUUCCCCAGAGCUCCUCUGGCUGUGUGGGGCUAGGAGAGAGCUCUGUAGAGCUGUGGCCAAACCUCAGCUGGCGCAGCCCUCUCUCUGACCUCAGGGCCUCGCCACACACCUCCAUGUGUCUUUCUGCCUGCUGGAGGACACACAGACUGUCAGUGCACUCUGUGGGUGGAACCCCGCUUGUGCUGGCCCCCACUGAGGGCAGUGCUUCCUCUCUUGAGCCAGUCUGUGCCCUCUCUCCUAAUAGGUCCCAGCCCAGACCUCUAUGGCUUCAGGAACUUGCCUUGCCCUGCAAUGUUCUUAUCCUGAUCAAAGUCCAGACAGGUUUUUACUUUGGAGGCAGGGGAGGGGGGGGGGCUCAGGUCUGGGAUGAGAAGGGUACUGCCCUCCCUCACCCAUAUUGCAUGCCCCCCUUCCUUCUAUUUUUCCCACCUUCAACUGAAGACAGUGCACUUUACAGAUAUCACCCACACAUAUCUCACUGGGGCAGGGCACCCAGCAUCAGCCCUGGGGAAAGACUCCCAAAGGACCACCCUGAGCCCAAGAUGUCCUUCCUGAGGCAGAGAUUGAAGCCAUCAGAGCAGGGGCUGCGAGCCAGAAUGCCCAAGCCCCUCUUGUUCAUCCAAAUCUCCACUGCCUCGCUAGCCCUUUUGCAGCCCUGUUUAUUUAUUAUAAAUAUAUUUUUUACAAGUCCCAGCUCCUCUUCUUGCCCUACAUUCAGCUCCUUUCACAGUCCCUGCCUUCUCUCCCCUGUCCAGUAUGGGCUGCAAUACAGACAGACAGAUGGGCCCUCUAUGUCAAAGGGUCCCUGGGGCUUGGGGUUGUGGGAGGGCGUUGGUGGUGGGGGGGACUGUAUGGAGAGGAGCUGGGGUUCAGGCAUUGUCUUUUUCCCUCCUUGUAUAUAAGAAUGUAUAUUUGAUGCCUCAUAAAAGACCUUGUGCUCA